UUUCUAGCUGUGUUCUCAACCUGGGGCAAUUUUGCACCCCCCCCAGGGGACACUUGGUAUGUCCGGAGACAUUUUGGUUGUCCCCUCUGGGGAGGGAUGCUGCUGGGAUUUAGUGGGUAGAGGCAAGGGUGCUGUGAAACAUCCUACCAUGUGCAGGAUGGCCCCCACCACAAAGAAUUAUCUGGUUCAAAGUGUCGACACUCUCGGAUCGAUCAGGAACUUUCUUGAGGAAGCAGCUAGGCUCCUCCUUUUUCUGGACUCUCCUGGCCCAGACGCAAGGAGAGGUGUCCAGUUGGUAAAGGUAGCUGGUAAAGGAUGCUACCCCCCAAAGGCCAGAGAAAGGUCUGGAGCAGAGCACUGGACCAGGAGGCCAGCUUCUCGCCCAGCUCUGCCGUUUGGGGCAGAAACCUGGAUGAGUGACUUUGCUUCAGUGACACCUGUUUUCUGGAGCUGCUCUGGGUGUCCCUUCCCUCCCAGCUCUUUGAGAUCCCAAGAUUCUGUGACUAGAGGCAGGAGUUCGAAUGCAGGCCGUUUGAACACCUGAGCCUUUCCCAUUGUUGCCUCAGUGUCCUGGGGGCAGCAGAAGCCCAGGGAUUCUCUGGUACCAAGCGUUCAUUAGAAACCUGGUUUGAUUUCCUUCUGUUCCUAACACGUCUGAGACCAACCCCAGCCUCCCUUUCUCUUUUGUAGCCAAAGAGAGCUUUUCCCCCAAAGGUUUGCCUGGGAGCCCAUGGCAGACCCAGAAGGUCACAGAUGCUGACCCUCUCCUGGGCAGUGUGGCGAGGGGAUAACCCUGAGGCCGGUACUUCUCAUGUAGUUGGAGUCAGCAAACCGGGGCCCAUGGGCCAAAUCUGGCCCACAACUUGUCUUUAUAUAUAAAGUUUUAUUGGGACGCAGCCAUACCCUUUGUUUCCAUGCAGUAUGUUGCUGCUCUCCUACUGGAAAGACGGUAUCUUCCCCAAAGCCAGAGAUCUUCAGUCUGUGGUCCUUUAUAGAAAAUGCUGGCCAAUCCUUGGUCUAGCUGGUCCGCGUCUGAUUGUUUAGAGGUUAGGUCCCAGGGCGUGGGCAGGAGAAGAGGGUUCAGGUUAGGGAUGGGGAGAGCUAACUCGCCUGAGGGUUGGUGGGAAGAAGGGGCAGGAGGAGGGAGAGCUGACUGGCGGUAGUGAGAGUCCUCACCUGGCUCUGAGCCCAGCCCAGGUCACCUGCGCCCCGGUGCCUGGCUCCUGCCUCCCGUCCUAGAGAACUUUGUUUGCUGGAGUGACAGUCGCAUGACUGCCUGGGGCGGGGUUUGGGGGGGUGGCACUUGAUGGUUGGGGAGCCGUCAGACUGGGCGUCAGCAGCUGGACAAAGACAGAGAAUGCUGUGGGGGGUGUUUGGAGGACACACGGGUCAGGCCGGCCGGGAACCCUGGAGCCGGCUAGAGGCUGGAGGGAAGCCAGCGCGGCCCCUGGACUGGGAAGCAGAAAGGGAGAUGGGGGAAGGCAGGACGGAGGUGUUGCCUUUCAACAGGUCUUUGAAGACCCAUUGCUAGAUGGGAUUCAGUGCCCUAUGAUCUCCUCCUUGGCACCCCCUCUGCCCGCCGGACUUCACAUCUGACCCCCGACCCGCCUGCCGCCUUGGGAGGCCCGCCCCCCGCCCCCCUCCCCCACCGGCAAGAUGCCCAUCCUCAAGCAGCUGGUGUCGAGCUCGGUGCACUCCAAGCGCCGCUCCCGCGUGGACCUCACGGCCGAGAUGAUCAGCGCCCCCUUGGGCGACUUCCGGCACACCAUGCACGUGGGCCGGGCGGGGGACGCCUUCGGGGACACGUCCUUCCUCAACAGCAAGGCCGGCGAGCUGGACGGCGAGUCCCUGGAGGAGCAGGCCGCCUCCUCGUCCUCCAAACGCGGCCUCCUGUCCCGGAAGUUCCGGGGCAGCAAGCGGUCGCAGUCGGUGACCAGGGGGGACCGGGAGCAGAGGGACAUGCUGGGCUCCCUGCGGGACUCGGCUCUGUUCGUCAAGAACGCCAUGUCCCUGCCGCAGCUGAACGAGAAGGAGGCCGCCGAGAAGGGCUCCGGCAAGCUGCCCAAGAGCCUGUCGUCCAGCCCCGUGAAGAAGGCGAGCGUCGGGGAGGGCGGCCAGGAGGAGGCGGGCGAGGGGGAGCUGGCGCCCCGGCGGAACGGGGCCACCGCGCUCCACUCCCCCGACCCCCUCCUCGACGAGCAGGCCUUCGGGGACCUGACGGAGCUGCCCGUGGUGCCCAAGGCCAGCCUGGGGCUCAAGCACGCCGAGUCGGUCAUGUCGUUCCACAUUGACCUGGGCCCCUCCAUGCUGGGCGACGUCCUCAGCAUCAUGGACAAGGAGGAGUGGGACCCCGAGGAGGAGGGCGGCGGUUACCGUGACGGGGACCCCGCAGGCAGCACCCUCCGGGCUCCCCCGGCCCUGGCAUCGGCGGCCCCUCCGCGGGCCAGGCAGCCAGAAGGCGCGUCGGGCCGGGACCCGCCCCAGGACGAGGGCUGGGCGGCGGCCCCCAGCCCCGGCUCGGCCCGCAGCGAGGGCAGCCACACCACGCGGGACAGCAGCUCCCUGUCCAGCUGCACCUCGGGCAUCCUGGAGGAGCGCAGCCCCGCCUCGCGGGGGCCCGACAGGGCCCGGGCCGCGCUGCCCCGGCAGCAGGACAAGGAGUUCUCCUUCAUGGACGAGGAGGAGGAGGAUGAGAUCCGGGUGUGAGGGGCACCAGGCGGGAGGGGGGCUCCGUCUCCUCCCUGCCCCCUCCCCCCCUCCAGGCCACCACCCCCUUCCCUUCCCUGUCCCGUCCCAUCCUGUGCAAGGCAGCCGGGAGCCUGGCUUCCACCGCAGACCCUGGACGUCCCCCGUCCUGGACGUGGGGCGCUGGCGAGGCCGGGGCCCCAGUGGGGACACAGGGAGGUGGCGUGGGCACCCAGCUGCCUGGCGCACCCAGCCCUCCCGUGUGCUGCGGGCCGGACCGGGUGCUUGCGGCAGGAACCGGUUCUCCCUUCCCUCCAGCCCGGCCUCAGACGGUGACGCAUGUCAGCCAAGUCCCCGCCUCGUGGGGCAGCAGCGGCGGGUCAGUCCGGGAGCGGCCCCGGUGCCUCGGCCAAGGACGCUCGGCUCGCCUUUCCUCUCCUGGCGUUUCUGCUGUGACUGGUGGCCGUGUGGCAGGAGGAAAGGUGGUCCCACGCCCCGGCCCCCCGCUCCCGGCUCCUGCACCGCGAGCCUGGAGCCCCUUGGAGCAAAGCCGGACCGAAUGUGUGCACUAAACGCAGCCCCUUCCAGGGGGGAGAACAGGAUGGGGAACGAAAGAAAGGAGGCCCCAGGCUUCCUGAAUUUUCUAAAAGGGGCCUUUCCAGGAUGACACUAGGAACAGGCUGGGCACUCGCUCGGCCCCUAUCUAUCUGUUUGUUCUCCUGUCCUGUUUAAAUCCUUCCAGAGCAUAUCUGGAACAGUGUUAACAGCUCUGCUACCAGAUGGAAGAUCAAAUCCUUUUAGAAAACCUUUAUACUAAGUGCUUCCAGACUUUAUUUAGAACUGUAUGGGGUGGGUGUCCGUGCGUGUGUGUCCUUCCCCUCCCCCCCACCCCAUGGCUAUUAACAGUUGAAGGCAGCCAGUGUAGAAAUUUUCUGGAAAAGGAUUUUUUAAAAAAUUAAUAUAUCAUUUCUUGGAGGGCUAGAAGCUUUUUUGACUGAGUUACUCCCCCCCCAUACACACACACACACACACACACACACACACACACACACACACUGACCACUUCCCCUUCCUUCUUUAGGCCUUUCUGCCAGCAGAACCCUCUCCCCCACUUCUGAGGCCCCUAAGGGUAGAGGGUUGCCAGAUUUAGCAAUAAAACAAAACAAAACCAGAACGUGGAGAUAAAUUAGGAGGUCGGGCAUACAAAGGAUAAUUUUUGUAGUAUAAGUAUGCCCCACACCAUGUUUGGAACAUACUUAUGCUAAAAAAACUAUUUGUUGUUCUUCUGAGAUUCCUGCCCAAGGAGGUCGAGUGGGAGCUUGGGCAUGUGCCCCAGGGUUAACUGAUGAUUAUUUUCCUGUCCUGGGAACAAGCUGACCCACCUUCUCCUGUCCCCUCGUACCCGGCGGAGGGAGGGGACAGGCCAGGGUUAGCGGGCGUCACUGCUGCAGCCUCUCCCACUUGUUGCCAGAUCCUGAUCCACUUAGCUCCUGAUUCCGGUGCCCUGUCAGUACUGUUUCCAGUAGUGUGGCUCCCACAUAGGGGAGGAGUCAGAAGGGGCCCUACAGCCCCCACCAGCUGCCCUUGAAACCCAUGCGAACAGUGGUCAGUUCCAGAUUCUAAACUGUAUAUAUUUUUUCAUGGUAUUGUUAAAACAGUGAGGAAACAUUAAAAAAAAAAAAAUGCUGUGGCA